AUGGGUGAACCGGCAUGCAAGACUUUUGUUCUGUCUCAACAUCUAAGGUCAUUGAAGGAUCUUCAAAAUGCUAUCAUUGCAGAAGAUCCAUCAGUUCAGGCUGUUGAAGCUGUUAGUUCUGAAGGUAUCAUUUUCUCCAAAAGCACACCCUUAACCUUCCUUCUUCAAAAUGGGUUUACACUUCAAGUCCUGGAUGAGAAUUUAAAAGCAGAUUCACUGAAUAUAGGUCCUGUGAACAUCCUUCAAGCUGAUGCUGAUGAAGUUCGUGAUAAAAUAAAGGAUCUUGCUGGGUCGUUGGAAGUGGUUGAAAACAAAAUUGCGAUCCAAGAAAACCUAAGAAACAAGUUGGAUUCUUUGCAGACAGAGUUUAGUCCUUUGGAGGAAAAACGUCUUACUCUGCUAUCCAAAUCCCAGUUCCGAACAAAUGCUGUUGUUUGGGGUGGUCUCUUUUCCAUGGGCUUCCAAUUUGGUUUCUUGGCACGUCUGGUUUGGUGGGACUACUCAUGGGAUAUCAUGGAACCUGUAACAUACUUUGUCACAUACGGCACUUCAAUUAUCAUGUUCUGUUACUUCGUCUGUGUAAAAUCUGACUACACGUUUGAAGUUGCCAGGGAUCGAUGGAACCUGAGGAGUUUCCACAAGAUCGCCCGAAGACGAGGGCUUGACACUGAGAGAUAUUCUGCCAUUGCUAGCCAGAUAAAGGAAGUUGAGGAUAAUCUGCGACAGUUGGACAACGUUGGGGCAUUGUUAUCGGCUAAAGAAAAACAUGUGUAAUGGCAGGUUUUACAUAGAUGUACACUGUGGGUUGAACUUAAUGGGUGUAUGUUUACUUGGAUACUAUCACGUGGGAUCUGAAUAUUGUGAUGUUGGAGCAACAGGGAACUGAGAAAUUAUUUUUAAGUUGUUCUAGGUGACGGUGAAGUAAGUCUUGUUUGAUCUACUUUAUACGUUAAAACAUUUCCUGGGAAAGCAGUUUGGUCAAAUUUACUGGAAUGUAAGAAUGAUCCUUUAAGGCCGAAAGAUCAAGUAUAUAAUUAAAUGCUAUAAUUAUGACUACGAGGUUGCAUUAACUAUUUAAAUUGAAUCGAAAUAUCGGCUGAAUAUUUGAUGUACGAACAAAAGUUAUUUUAUACUUGAUACUGAUAAUCUUAUCAAGAUCCUAGAAUAUUCAAACGGUCAGUUGACGACCAGUUAAGUGGCCAGUUAAGUAGCCGAAGUAUCACGGUCAGUUUUUAUUGUAACAGCAAGUCUUAUGAAUGAAUAAUAUUUUAUACCAUAAUAGUUGCAUUUUGUAGAUUGUUGUAAAUAUUUAAGAGCUAAUCGUUUCCGCGUUUUAGUUGACCGUAUGUAUUGUGAUGAGGAAAAUUGAUUAAUCAGCCCAUUUUAAAUUACUUAUUAAUGGCCUUAAAUUUAAGAUCAAAGAACUUUAAGGGUAAUGUUAUUUAAAUGAUUAUCUUACUUACGAAAAUUUUACCAGUCUUCCUAUUUUAUAACCAUAAAAUGCACAAUCUGACAAGAUGAUCUAUAGUCAAAGAUAAGGUUGAAUAAAUUGUAGAUUUAUUUUAUAGAUCACGCAUGCUUAAUUCAAAUAUGACCUUAUUAUCCAGGGUGUAAUAGAUUAAUUUAUGUUAUAAUAACAUGAAAUGAAGUUUCCUUUUUUGGGUUGAACGUGGUACAAUUUUUGGGUGAAACUUUGAAUUGAUCAGCGUUGCUCUACAAUAUACAGGAAUAAUUAAUGAUCGUCUAAAUUGAAAUGGAAUUAUGAUAUUAGUAUAGUUUUCAUAA